AUGUGCUUCCAAUACAAGACAACCAAUAAUGGAAUCCCUUCUCUCUCCUGUGUGUCUUCUCCUCUUCUGUGUCGGUCUCUUCUUCUUUAUCAGAGUAGCUACAGAAUGGUUUGCCGGAUCCAAAGCCCGCGGCACGGCCCCCUCAUGCUCCUACGCCUCGGCCAGGUCGACGUCGCGGUCGCGUCCUCCCGCGAGGCCGCCGAGGAUGUAUUGAAGACCCACGACCUCAACUUCGCGUUUCGCCCCAUGCUCGCCGUCUCCAUGCUCUUCGAGCACGGCUUCGGCUUCUCCCCCUACGACAGCCACUAUAAGCACCUCCGCAAGGUCGCCGCUGUCGAGCUCUUCAGCAUCCGGCGUGUCCGGUCCUUCACCGCCGUCCGCGAAGAGCAGGUCCGCAACAUGAUCAACAACAUCAAAACGGCGGCACUUUCGCGAGCGCCGGUAAAACUAAGAGAGGAGCUCAUGUUGCUGUCGAACUCGAUCGUGUCCGUGGCAGCGGUCGGGAGGAGAUGCCGACAUGAGGGGAAGCUAGUGAAGCUCGCGAAGGAGACGGCGAGGCUGAUGUCGGGGUUCGCGAUUGCCGACCUGUUCCCGUCGCUUAAAUUCGUGGACGUGCUCACGGGGAUGAGGUCUAAGCUCGAGGGGGUGCGAAGAGAGCUCCAAGAGAUAUUGGAUAAGAUCAUAAGAGAUAAGGAGAUGUGCAAAGGCAAUGGAGGAGACGAGGACGCAACCAAGCAGGAGGAGGAUAUACUUGAUGUGCUCCUAAGGCUUAAGGAUGAUAACAACCAAGAGUUUCCAAUCACACUCAGUAACGUGAAAGUUGUGAUCCUGGAACUCUUCAUCGCUGGUACCGAAACCUCAGCAACGAUUAUCGAGUGGGCCAUGUCGGAACUCAUACGAAACCCUAAGAUCAUGGAGAAAGCGCAAAGCGAAAUAAGAGAAGCUCUGAAGGGAAAACCUAAUGUGGAGGAAGCUGAUCUUGGACAACUCAGCUACCUGAGACUAGUCAUCAAGGAGGCUUUCAGGCUUCACCCACCAGGGUCACUUCUCCUGCCAAGAGUUGCAAAGGAGACAUGUCAGGUCAUAGGGUAUACAAUACCAGCAGGCACUCGCAUGCUGAUCAAUGCAUGGGCACUGGGAAGAGACCCCCAGUACUGGGCCGAGGCCGAGAGGUUCAAGCCGGAGAGGUUCGAAGACAGCAGUGUGGACUUGAAGGGGAUGAACUUCGAGUUCCUGCCGUUCGGCAGCGGGAGGAGGAUGUGCCCCGGAAUGGCGUUCGGACUGGCUAAUGUAGAGCUCGCGCUCGCACAGCUGCUGUUUCACUUGGACUGGUCGCUUCCGGGGGGUAUGAAACCUCAGGAUCUUGAUAUGACUGAAGCUUUUGGGGCCGCAACGAGCAGAAAAUCGGAGCUCGUCUUGCUUGCAACUCCUCAUUUCCCAGCUAAUAUAUGCUAGCUGAUUAAUAUUACUAUAUGCGCAGAUUACGCAGACUUUUGAUAUAACUAUAUGUUGAAGUUCCUAUACGUA